AACCGUUUAAGAACCAAACAGAGCUAAAUUAGAGUUUCCAUUGGACACAUUCAGGUAGGUCCCUCCCCGUUUCGUUUGCUUCCAUUUUAAGAAACGUUUUGCAACUGAUUCGACUAAAUGAAUAAGCCACUUUUUUUAAGCGGAGUAGCUAGCCAGAGAGCAGAAAACAACAACAGCAGCGUGAACGAGGCUAAACAACGGGCUAGCUAGCUACAUGAAUAGCGACAACAGCGACCAGGAUUUGUCAAACGCAAUGCCCUUAGUUAUCUUAAUUAUUUGUCUUCUAGUCGGAUAAUGUGAGUAAUGUCAUUUUAAGCUUGGACCAAACAUAUUUGCUGUUGCAUAUCGCUUUGCAUUGACAUUACGAACCUUACUCGAGAGCAAGCUACCUAGCAAUCGACGUCUCUCUAUGUUUGAAUAUCUUCCGGCGGCAGCAGCGGUGUCAUGAACAGUGGACUCCCAGCUUCAGCUGCUCCACUUGGGGGUGUCGGAAUACCCUGCGUCAAGGUGAAGUUCUGCCGAUACUACGCAAAGGAUAAGACUUGCUUUUAUGGGGACGAGUGUCAGUUUUUGCAUGAGGAGCCGUCUAUGGCAAGCAUGUCCCUUCACAGUGGAGCAAGUCCUGUCCCUUUAUCCAUGUCUGGAGGAGCCGUGACGUAUCCGCUUAGUGCACCCCCGGCCUGCCCGGUUGGAGUACCGAACGUCUCCAAAAAGGGCGACUCUCUGGGGCCUGCAGGCACGGUUCUGGAGGGACAGAUGUUAACCAUCCCUGGGAUGGAGGGCGGGACCCUGAGCGAUGCCAAUCUGACCAACUCCUACUUCAGCAGCAGCUUCAUUGGGGUCAAUGGCUUCGGGAGCCCGGCAGAGUCUAAAUACUCUAUCAUGCAGAGAAUCACCAACAGCAGCAGUUCUCCCAGUCUCCUUGACGACGGUGCCAAGAACUUCAGCCACAGCGCUCACGAUCUAUUCCAUGGAACCCUGGCAGCUGGACCAGGUCAGAGUUGUGGGUCGAUGGAAAACUCUCCGUGGACAACACAGUCUUCAUUCCCUCUAUGUCCUCUUCCAGAGCCAGGGAAUUCCCCCAUGUCUUCACUCUUCAGUGACUUUGGUGCUCUGAGCAUAUCACAAAGGAGAAAGGGUCCUAACCCUACAGCCAAUGAGUUCAUCCCUAAGGGGGUUCCCCGCAUGGCCACUAUGGUCCAGCCCAGUGGUCCGGCCUUCCCAUCGCCCCUCUUUCCCCACCUCGGCCUCAGCAGCUCCACCGCACUCGCACCUGGGAUGUCUCUCUCUGCGGGGUCCACCCCCCUCCACUCCCCUAAGAUCACCCCCCAAACCUCACCUGCCCCUCGCCGGCGUAGCCACACCCCCAACCCCAAUAACCCCAACCCAGCCAACUACAUGGUGUCCACCAGUGUGUCUGACCAGGGGGCCCACAUCAUCCAGAAGGAGACGGUGGGGGGGACCACCUAUUUCUACACGGAUAACACCCCCGCUCCCAUGGCCGGGAUGGUGUUUCCUACCUACCACAUCUACCCUCCCACUGCUCCCCACGUGGCCUACAUGCAGCCCAAAGCCAACGCCCCGUCCUUCUUCAUGGCUGAUGAGCUCCGACAGGAGCUGAUUAACAGACAUCUGAUUACCAUGGCUCAGCUUGACCAGUCAGAGAACACAGGUGUUCCAUCUGAGGUGGAUAGCUACCACAGCCUGUUCCCCCUGGAGCCUGUCCCCCCUCCCAACCGCCUGCAGAAGACCAGCAACUUCAGCUACAUCACUUCCUGCUACAAGGCUGUCAACAGCAAGGACGACCUACCGUACUGCCUGAGGAGGAUACAUGGUUUCAGGCUGGUGAACACCAAGUGUAUGAUGCUGGUGGACAUGUGGAAGAAGAUCCAGCACUCCAACGCUGUUACCCUGAGGGAGGUCUUCACCACCAAGGCCUUUGGAGAUCACUCGUUGGUGUUCUCCUAUGACUUCCAUGCGGGGGCAGAGACCAUGUUCAGCCGGCACUUCAACGACCCCGCGGCUGACUCCUACUUCACCAAGAGGAAGUGGGGACAGCACGAGCCCACUCCACCGCGGCAGCACGCAGGUCUGCUCCCCGAGUCUCUGAUCUGGGCCUACAUCGUCCAGCUGAGCUCGGCCCUCAGAACUAUCCACACUGCUGGUCUGGCCUGCAGGGUCAUGGACCCCAGCAAGAUCCUCAUCACCGGCAAGACCAGGUUACGAGUGAACUGUGUCGGGGUGUUUGAUGUCUUAACAUUUGACAACAGUCAGACCAACCAUGUGACCCUCAUGCCACAGUACCAGCAAGCGGACCUGAUAUCCCUGGGCAAGGUGGUGUUGGCCCUGGCCUGUAACUCUCUGGCUGGCAUUCAGAGAGAGAACCUGCAGAAGGCCAUGGAGUUGGUGUCUAUCAACUACUCAUCAGACCUCAAGAACCUCAUCCUGUAUCUGUUGACAGAGCAGUCUAGGCUGCGCAGCGUUAAUGACAUCAUGCCCAUGAUUGGAGCUCGCUUCUACACACAGCUGGAUGCAUCACAGAUGAGGAAUGAUGUCAUCGAGGAGGACCUGGCGAAGGAGGUCCAGAAUGGUCGUCUCUUCCGUCUGUUGGCCAAACUGGGCACCAUCAACGAGAGACCAGAGUUUCAGAAGGACCAUACGUGGUCUGAGACGGGGGACCGGUACCUGCUGAAGCUGUUCAGAGACCACCUGUUCCACCAGGUGACAGAGGCUGGAGCCCCCUGGAUAGACCUCAGCCACAUUGUUUCCUGCCUCAACAAACUGGACGCGGGCGUGCCUGAGAAGAUCAGCUUAGUGUCUCGGGAUGAGAAGAGUGUUCUGGUGGUGACCUACUCGGACCUGAAGCGCUGCUUCGACAAUACCUUUCAGGAGCUGCAGCAGGCCGCUGUCGGACCGCUGUAGCGCCCGCCCCCCCCCCUACAGGCAGCGGGGUGGGGCUGCCUGAACCGUACAGCACAUUAUUGCACUACAGCGGAGGACCAGGCGCAUAGUGAUGACAUCAGCGUGGCGAGAGAGGCAGAGGGGGUGGGACUUGCUGGACCUCAGUCACAUACACUGUCUUGGCAACCAGGAAGGCUUUUCUAAAGCUGUUUUUUUAUUUUUCCUAAAAUCCCGCAGCUGCGAUGACAAGUAAUGGACAAAAACGGAAGCUGUAACAAUUACGAACACUUAAUUUUUUUAGACUUGGGGAACAAAACGGAUACUAAAAAAUAAAACCACCACGUGGGAUUUAACUUUUUCCUGCUUUUAUUUUUUAUUUUUUUAUAGAUAUUUUUUUUCUCUCCCUCUGUGGAGGAUGGACUAAGAUGUUUGACUUUUUUUAAUGAAUGUGAGUGGCCUACAGGCUACACCUACCGAGAGUGGUGAAUACACACACACACACACUGAGAACCUAAUAUAAAAUCAGGCUUUAUUUUUACUGUGUGUCUUCCUGCUGGAGACCACACCUCUUCAUACCAACGCACUAAGAGACGGGACAGACCACUGGACGCUUUCAAAGGGGGUGGUCAGGGAACCCAUUUCUGAAAUGGACCUCCUUGCUUGUCGGUUCCCACUCAAAAGGACAAACCACUGAGUUUUUGGGUAGAGUGCUGGGUUGGGGACACAGACAGACCAUUGGUCAAUUCAAUGCCUUGAUGUGGAGGUCAAGGGUCAUGCAACAUUGAGGUCAUGUGUUAGGGGGGGCUAUUGUGUUAAACUGUGGUUUCUGUUGGCACUGAGGUAGGGUUUUGUCUAGAAGGGAUACGUUUUUUGGCAAAAUUGACUUUUUGUAGCAGGUUUAGGAUAACUUACACCGCAGUUUAGGAAAAGGGUCAGGGUUAGUUAAAAUGCACCAAAAAUCAACUUUUUCCAUCAAUUUUACAAAAGCUGUAUCCUAUCUAGACAUGAUCCUUAGGAAGGGGUAUCUUCUCCCUGUUUGUUAUAUAGCGCAGGGUCAUAAAAGCAGCAAGCUCCUUAAUUGCUUUAUGAUGGACACUAUUGUGGAAAAUGUUGUGACACCAAUGAUGAACUCCGUGAGAUGGAAUAUUUAGGUCUGGCUCGUCAGCGCUGGGAUGAAGCCCACGGACUGGGCCAAAACUAGAGAAUGGUGCCAGUUCUGCCUCAAUGUGGAAUGUCCUCCUUUUCGUUGCCUCUUUCUCUCUUUAUCUGCUCCCCUGCUUCCUUCCCCUGAGGGGUCUCUGCCAACCUCUUCAUUUGAGAAUAAGUGAUACUUAAAAAAAAUAUAUAUAAACAUUUUUUUUUUUUUAGCUGGUUCCCCUCAUUUUGUUCAGCUGUUGUGCAGUGAUGCAUGAUGGGACAUGGAAGGGAAGGUCUUUCUCCCUCAACACAAACGUUAUGCUGUGGACCAAUUCCAGCUGGGGUGGGGACUGAGGGGGCAAGGAACGGGACAAAGUGGUCAGUAAGAAGAGGUUUUAAUAACAUCUGUUUUUAUUUGACCAUUUAAAAAAAAAAAAAAUCAUGUGAGACAAAAUGUGCUUGAGACACCGAGCAGCGACAACCAGGAAUUUGACCUCUGACCUCCCAGUAGUCACCUGGGAUUUUCCCCCUGAAGUGCCCACUUAUUCAAUCCCUCUCAUGGUUUUAAAAAUAAGGGAUUGGCGUGAGAGACGAUGGAAACUGCUUAUACCAAUCCAAUGAUUUUAAAAUUCACAAGGGGUAGUGAAGGAGUUUACUCUUCAGGAAGAAAAAUCUAGAAUUUGGGAGAGGGUGGGUAAGAUUGGUGAGCAGUAGCUGAUGCAUUCAGAAACAAGGGUCUAUUCAGAAGGGUGACACGUUCAAAGCGUUUUAGAUAUAAAUGUAUUGUAUAUAUCAUAGACUUCUAGUCACACGAGAUGCGGUAACUGUCUGUUCUAUACAUCACUGUUCUAUGUGUAACAUAUUGGACGUUCCACCCCAUUGAAUAGACCUUCUGUUGAAUGGUUUGGAAUUCUCUCAGGAUGACGGACAGCUGGAGGGGCCCGAUGACUGAAUGUGUUUGGCCGUCAUUGGUCGCCCUUUAUCCAGUCAGAUUGAUGUGGACUGGACUCUAGGUGGGGGAACUUGAUAGAUGGCCCUAAGCACAGAUUUAGCAUCAGUUUACUCUGUCCAACCUUACCUGACCUACUUGAGGAUGUCAACAUACUGACCCUAUGUCAGUGAUUAGGGGCAUUUUCUACCCAAUACUCCAUGAGGUGACAUGGGAGUUGCCCCAUAGCACAGAUCUAGGAUCUGUUUACUCGACACCUAGCCUAUCCUGAACCAUUUAGGAGUUGAAGAGUAAAAUUGACUGUAGAUCAGUACUUAGGGGCCACUUGAUCUAAAACCUGCUCGGAAUUAGAAUCAUGUACUGUUUUCAGUGAAAUGAUCGAGCCCGAAGACGUAUUUGGUGAAUGUGGUGCUUAGAACCCUAAUUUUAAACAGGUCACACGCAUCCACCCUAUCAAUAUCCCCAAUCCAUCCUAUCAAUAUCCCCAACAACUCAUGACACUCCGACACACGCCUCUCCUCCCCCCCCACUCUGACACACGCCUCUCCUCCCCCCCCCUCUGACACACGCCUCUCCCCCCCACUCUGACA